AUGGACUCCUUUAUGCUCGAAGACGAGGGCGUACAAGACCGCAUUCGCCAGGCGGUAGACUUUUUGGAUCCCAGUGAUCCGCAUGCACGGAGUUACAGAUCUGAUAUCACUCUCAUGCUCCAAAAGAAUCUUCGACGUUUGACGGUUAACCUCGACCAUGUUCGCGACUACAAUAACGAACUUGCCAAUGGCAUUCUCGAGCGGCCAUUCGACUACCUUCUUGCUUUCAACCAGGCCCUGAAAGACAUCGUGUUGACAUUACCCCAGGUGCGGCCUGACCAAGCCGCGAGGGAUACCGUCUAUUACUGCGCCUGGGCGGGGAGCUUUGGCCUCAAUUCCUGUAAUCCCCGAACUCUCUCCUCGCAGCAUCUCAAUCACAUGGUGUCCCUCGAAGGUAUUGUCACUAGGUGCUCCCUGAUUCGGCCAAAAGUUGUCCGCAGCGUGCACUACAAUGAGAAGGCGGGAAAGUUUCACUUCCGGGAGUACCAGGACCAGACGAUGACGAAUGGAGUGACUACCUCCAGUGUGUAUCCCCGAGAGGACGAUGAAGGCAACCCUCUCCUUACUGAGUACGGGUUUUGCACAUAUCGUGACCAUCAGACAAUAUCUAUCCAGGAAAUGCCUGAGAGAGCCCCGGCUGGCCAGUUACCUCGCGGCGUUGAUGUUAUCUUAGAUGACGAUCUGGUUGAUCGUGUCAAACCCGGAGAUAGGGUCCAGAUUGUUGGCAUCUUCCGCACUCUAGGCAAUCGAAAUACCAAUCACAACAGCGCGCUUUUUAAGACCAUCAUACUUGCCAAUAAUAUCGUCCUUUUAUCCUCAAAAUCGGGUGGCGGCAUUGCCACAUCCGCCAUAACGGACACGGACAUUCGAAACAUCAAUAAGGUGGCGAAGAAGAGAAAUCUUCUAGAACUCCUCUCCCAGUCUCUUGCCCCAAGUAUAUAUGGCCAUGAUCACAUCAAGAAGGCUAUUCUUCUAAUGCUUUUGGGUGGCAUGGAGAAGAACCUUGAAAAUGGCACCCAUCUCCGAGGUGACAUCAAUAUCCUCAUGGUUGGAGACCCGUCCACAGCUAAAUCCCAGCUGCUUCGCUUCGUUCUCAACACUGCCCCUCUUGCUAUCGCCACCACGGGCCGAGGCUCCUCUGGUGUCGGUCUCACUGCGGCCGUCACAACAGACAAGGAAACUGGGGAGCGAAGGCUUGAAGCUGGGGCUAUGGUAAUGGCUGAUCGCGGUGUCGUCUGCAUUGACGAGUUUGACAAAAUGUCAGAUGUUGACCGAGUUGCCAUCCAUGAAGUCAUGGAACAGCAAACGGUUACGAUCGCAAAGGCCGGAAUCCACACUUCACUGAAUGCCCGAUGCUCUGUUGUUGCGGCUGCAAAUCCGAUAUUCGGCCAGUACGAUCCUCACAAAGACCCGCACAAAAACAUAGCACUUCCGGACUCGUUAUUAUCGCGAUUUGAUCUUCUGUUUGUGGUGACGGAUGAUAUCGAGGAUACUAGGGAUCGUCAAGUGUCAGAACAUGUGCUGCGUAUGCACAGGUACCGCCAAGCUGGCACCGAAGAGGGGGCACCAGUCCGAGAGCAAAUGUCGCAAAAUCUGGGCGUAUCCGCUGACAGCCAGGCGGGAUCACAGCAACCGGCGGAGGUAUACGAAAAGUAUGAUGCCAUGCUUCAUGCUGGAGUCACACGUACUUCUGGGCGAGGCUCGGCUAGAAAGCCAGAGAUUUUGAGUAUUCCGUUUAUGAAAAAGUACAUACAGUAUGCAAAGACCAGAAUCAAGCCUGUGUUAACUCAGGACGCUUCAGAUCGCAUAGCAGAAAUAUAUGUCGGUUUGCGAAACGACGAAAUGGAGGGUAACCAAAGGAGAACCAGCCCCCUGACUGUUCGCACUCUGGAGACAAUCAUUCGACUUGCCACUGCCCACGCCAAGGCCCGUCUAUCAAACAGAGUUGAAGACCAGGAUGCAGUUGCUGCGGAAGCCAUUCUAAGAUUCGCACUUUUCAAGGAAGUUGUUGCAGAUGAGUCGAGAAAGAAAAGGAGAAGGACCCAUACUAUCGACUUUGCGUCUUCGAGUGAAGAGAGCUCCGAUGAUGGGGCUGAAGACGAAGCAGUCAACUACAGAACGACCCGCUCGACGAGAGGGGCAACAAGUGCUACAAAUACAUCUACUCGAUCACAAGCCGAAGCUUCCAGAAGGCUCGAUGUUGAUGGCCCUGAAGACCUGUCGAAGACUGACGAGACCGUGCUUGAAGAGGGUCCAUCCUCCCAGCAGACGGGCCUUCGCCGCUCUGGACGAUCUGGUCGUUCGACUCUGGGUACACCCCAGUCGCAAACUUCAUUUGCGUCAUCUGUGCCAGCUUCGGCAUUGCCUUCACAGUCGCAAGAAAGCCAACUUGAACAGGACCUUGCCACUGGCACUGCAGGGUUGGCAAUCGAUGAUGCCGAGUCGAUUGAUUCCCGUCGCGUGACAGUCUUUAGAUCCGCCCUAGGUCAGCUCUUGAACUCUGACUUGUUUGAGGAUGACUCUGCGACUCUAGAUGCAGUUCUCUCCGCCGUCAAUAGCAGAGUCUCAAGCCGCGAUGGGGGAGAAUUUGGACGGCCUGAAGCCGUAAGAGCCCUCAAGAAGUUGGAGGAAGCAAACCAUAUCAUGUUUGCGGACGGAGAGCUUGUUUACAAGAUCUAA